GGGGACUGCGGGUUUCGGCAAGGUGUCCCGAGGUUGGCGUGCAGGAGCGUCAGUAGCAGCUCCGUAGAAAUACAGUUGUGCGUCGUCGCAGUUCCAUCGGUACGGCUCGACAGGGAAGGCGUUGGCCGCGUACGGCGUGCGUUUGUGGUGGCGCUGGAUCUGUCUUUAUUUCCAGAAUGGAGGCGUCAGCACGACCGCCAGUCUUUUCCGUUGCCAUCACUGCCAGAUCUCAGAGGCCGACCGAAACAAACCAACGGCUUGGUUGCGGGAGCAAACACAAUGAGGCGUCUGAGGGAAUAUCCCAAGAAAAGCAAGACGCACCAGCUCGACAAAGACGAGCUCGUAUCCCGGUGGGGCGCGGACAUACUCCUCUGGGCGAACAUGGGGGCAUGUCGUACCAGUUGCGCGCGCCUCCUCCGGGUGUUGUCCGAGACUGAGAUGACCAUGACGAUGACGAUGACGAGUUGAAGACAUGACGAGUUGAAGACGA